AUGAAGACAACUCACUCGAUGGACAUCGUCAUUGUGGGGGGUGGCUUGGUUGGCGCGCUGGCUGCCUGUGCGCUAGCUAGGCGUGGACAUAGAGUUCGGGUCUAUGAGUAUCGCUCUGACAUUCGAGUUGAAGAGUCUCGUGGUCAAUCCAUCGAUCUUGCUUUAUCCGUUCGGGGAAGAGAAGCUCUCAAACUUGUUGGUCUCGAGGAUAAAAUCGUCAAUCAUCAUGGGAUUGCCAUGAAGGGACGAAUGUUGCAUGGGAAAGAUGGAAGCUUGCGGGAAAUGAUCUAUGACAGUGUUAAGAAGAACUGUAUUUACUCAGUAAGUCGAAAAUAUUUGAAUCAAGUUCUUCUAGAUGCUGCCGAUCAAUAUCCAUCGGUGACACUGAUUUUCAAUAAGAAGCUGGUCGAUGCUGAUUUGGAUCUGGGGAAACUGAAAUUCAUUGAUACAAAUACCCGAGAGAUUAUUGAAGUCGACGCUGAGUUGAUUAUUGGAGCCGAUGGCGCCUACUCCACUGUGAGAAGAACAAUGAUGAAGAGACCGGGAUUCGAUUUCUCACAGACUUACAUUGAACAUGGCUACGUAGAAUUGAAUAUACCACCUCGAAUGAUUGAUGAAACACGCCCUGAUAAAGGUGUAGAGUUCUCCAUGAGUUCGAAACACCUACACAUCUGGCCUCGUGGUACUUUCAUGAUGAUAGCAAUGCCAAACGAUGACUACACAUUCACCGGAAAUUUAUUCGCACCUCUCGAAAUCCUAAAUGGCCUCGAUACACCGGAGAAACUGGUUGGAUUCUACAAGGAACAAUUUCCAGAUGUUCUGCCAGUGAUUGGUGAUCAACAGGCGCUGAUCGAUACCUUCUUCACCGCCAAACCGAAAACACUCAUCUCAAUCAAGUGUAAUCCGUAUCAUUGUGGAAAGAGUAUUAUUCUGGGAGAUGCGGCUCAUGCUAUGGUACCUUUUUAUGCCCAAGGGAUGAAUGCUGCAUUUGAAGACGUACUUCUACUCAAUGAAUUAAUGGAUUAUUAUAAAGAUGACAUGAGUAAAGUUCUUCCGGCAUUCUCUAGACACCGAUGCUCAGACGCUCACGCCAUCUGUGAUCUUGCGAUGUAUAAUUACAUCGAGAUGCGUGAUCUGGUCAUGAGGAAAUCUUUUGUCGCCCGAAGAAAUCUGGAUACACUACUUCACAGACUCUGGCCGAACAGCUGGCUCCCCCUCUAUAGCACCAUCCACUUUUCCCGCAUGAAGUUCCAAGACUGCAUCGCGAAUCGUGAAUGGCAGAAUAAAAUACUGAGAAGAUGUUUAUGGUGUAUAGGACUACUCACUCUCGCAAUAUUCUUUGCAUCCGCGAUCCUCCCCACUAUCGCUCAUUGAUCCAGAGAAAGGAUAUUCCCCAGAAAUAAUCCUAAACAUCACACAUUCCGUAGAGUAGUCUUGGUUAUUUUGCAUUCCAGUUAAUUAACACUUUGUCACGCAGUUUUAAUAUUAGAUGAUCGUCGAGGAAAGAAUUUACGUACUGAGAAUACUCAUAACUGCACAUGAAUAAAGAUAUCUUGAGUAGAAAUUAAUAUCAAAGUGUAUUUCCAAACAGUCUAUUUGAAUGCGAAAUUCUUAUAUCAAUAAAUACUGAGUUUAAUCUUCUCAG